AUGGCCUUGGAGGAUAGCCUACAAAGGGCUCUUCUCCGAGCACAGGUCAUCGAUGAGGAGGCCAUGGGACGGCACAUCACAAAUCAAGCCUUGAUCCAGCAGCUGGGCAUGCUGAGAGAUGCCAUGCACCGAGGCUAUUACGCACUCGAUGCCUUCAGGUACCAGCCUCACUACAGAGAGGAGGGCAAUGAUCCAGCUAUUAGGGGCUUUAUGUCCCUAUCCAAGGUACCCUCUCCAAAGGAUCCCUAUUUCUUCAGUCGAACUGCACAGUCCCAGGUACAGCUAGAAGAUGCACUUGACAGAUUGAGGUCCAUGAUGUUUGAUCUGAAUGAGUCAGUCAUUUUCAUGAUGAGCUACCCUCGUCUGUAUCGCCAACCUUGCAGCAUGCAUAUCCUCCUUGGUAACUGCAUGUUUGGUCGCCAGAUGGAAGCAGAACUAGUUAUUAAAUUCCUGUUGCACACACACCCUCAUUGUUCUCAAGAAUUGGAGGUCAUGCCAAUUGUUGGUCCACCCAGAGUUGGCAAGAGUACCCUAGUCGCUCAUGUUUGCAAGGACGAAAGAGUCCGUGAUUAUUUCUCAGAAAUCUUGUGGUUGUGUGAGUUCGAUUUUACAAAUGAUGAGCUAGUUUGCAGACAAGGAUAUGUGAUGAACCAUAAAAAUCGUAUGCCAAACUCGAACAGAGGCAAGAGAUUUCUUGUUGUCAUUGAACUAUCUGGAAAUCUCAGCGAAGAGGCAUGGAAUAGGUUGUAUCUUGGUUCCAGAGGAAGCUUUUCUAGUGGUAGUAAAAUAAUAGUCACAAGCCGUUCAGACAAGAUUGUAAAGUUUGGAACAACACCGGCUCUAACUCUGAAGUUUCUUUCCAAGGAGGCAUAUUGGUAUUUCUUCAAGACACUUACAUUUGGAAGUAUGGACCCUGAGAAGCACCCAAGUCUUGCACAACUUGCCAUGGAGAUAGCUAGAUUGCAGUAUGGUUCAUUCCAUGGUGCAUACAUCAUGUCUUAUUUGUUGAGGGACAAUUUGAACAUACACUUUUGGCGCAAGGUUUUGAGCUUCUUGAGAAGGGCCAUCCAGAAGCAUGUCUCUGAAUUCGGCGUGCAUCCGUUUGAUCUUCUGUAUCAAAACAGACCUGUACAGCAUGGAAGAAUGGCUACACCUUCCGAAGAUUUCAUGAUUUGUCAUCAGUAUCACCGUUCUCCACAAGAGGAGGUUCCGGAGAUAAGAAUCCAAGAUUUGUUGUUUGGAAGCAUUAAGAGACAUGGAAAAUUUGAGGUCCUAGUAUGGAGAUGCCAGCUGGCCCCCUACUACAGCUAUGUCAAUGCUUGUGAGAUUCGAAAGCGAAAAAUUACAGUCAGAGUGUUCUCAAAUCACACCAACUUAAAGGUGGUCUACAAAGUAAUUACACAGAUCAUAGAUGGUGAUGGCUCAGUGGUUCACUUAGCGAAGGCUUCGAAUUCAACAGUCAAGGGCUCCUUGGGUGAAUUGAUGACUAGAUCCAUGAAUUUCAUCAUCGACAAGUUCUCUAAGCCGCCGGCACUGACCAUGGAGGAAAGCCUCCAGAGGACUCUUCUCCGAGCACAGGCCAUCGACGAGGAGGCCAUGGUGCGGCACAUCACUAAUCAAGCCAUGAUCCAGCAGCUGGGCAUGCUGAGAGACGCCAUGCACCGAGGCUAUUACACACUCGACGCCUUCAGGUACCAGCCUCACUAUGGAGAGGAUGACAGUGAUCAAGUUGUGAGUCGAUUUAUGUCCCUAUCCAAGCCUCAUAGUUCUCAAGAGUUGGAGGUCCUGCCAAUUGUCGGUCCACCCAGAGUCGGCAAGAGUACCCUAGUCGCUCAUGUUUGCAAGGACGAAAGAGUCCGUGAUUAUUUCUCAGAAAUUUUGUGGUUGUGUGACUCCAAUUUUAUAAAUGAUGAGCUAGCUUGCAGAGAAGGAUGUGUAAUGAAACAUCAAAAUCAAGUGUCAAACUCGAACAAAGGCAAGAGAUUGCUAGUUGUUAUAGAACUAUCUAGAAAUCUCUAUGAAGAUGCUUGGAGUAGGUUCUAUCUUGCUUCCAAACGGAGCUUUUGUUGCAGGAGUAAAAUCAUAGUCACAAGCCGUUUAGACAGAGUUGCAAAAUUUGGAACAGCACAGGCUCUAACUCUAAAGCACCUAUCACAUGAAGCAUACUGGUAUUUCUUCAAGACACUUACAUUUGGAAGCAUGGAUCCCGAGACACACCCAAGACUUGCACAACUGUCCAUGGAGAUAGCCAGAACGCAGAAACGUUUGAUCAUUGGCGCAUACAUCACCUCUUAUUUGUUGAGGAACAAUUUUGACAUCAAUUUUUGGUGCAAGGUUCUGAAGUUCUGGAGAGGGAUCAUCCGGAAGCAUGUCUCCAAAUUCGGCGUGCAUCCAUCUGAACUUUUCGACCAAAACAGAUAUGUACAGAUUGGAAGAAUGACUGCACCUUCUGAAGAUUGUAUGCUUUGUCGUCAGUAUCAGCACUCUUCCCAAGAGGAGGUUCCAGAGAUAAGAGUCCAAGAUAUCCUGUAUGGAAGCAUUAAACUUCAUGGGAAAUUUGAGGUCCUAUUAUGGAGAUCUCAGAUACCACCGUACUAUAGCUAUCUUUGUGAGAUUCGAGAGCGAAAGGCUACAGGUGCCAAGAGGAAGCGUUCUAUGAAAGAUGGAGUCACAUUUUGUUAA